UCCAACUGCACCAGCCCCAGCCUUUCUUUCGCAUCAAUUCAGCUUUCCGUUCAUUUAUUAGUCCCCCUACUGCGACUCAAGCUUUCUUUCGUUUCAGCUCAGCCUUAUUUCUUUUCGGUGUCAGCUUCUGGUCCCUGUCAAACCACAGAUCAGUUCUGGCUACAGAAGUCCAAGCAAAAGCCCCACCCAUCACAUUCACACUCCAAGCCUCCCUUACAGAUCGAGGCUCUCUCAACCGACCAUCCCAUCCGAUUCUGCUCAGAAUUACCGCCAAAGAAACGUUCAUCAAUCUUCUGACGUAUGCCCCGACUCUCCUUAUGUGUAGAUCUAACUGCCGUCGAGUCCCUCCAACCAGAACUUCUCCGCCCCACGGCUGCAGUAGCGAGAUCAGCGAAGGGAAUGAAAUUUUGUUGCUAAGAGCCAAACAGCCUUGCAGAGAAAAGCAAGAGAGACAAAAUGCUAUUAGUCUAACUUUGGAAUGGGCUGUUUUGGGAAAAAAGACGUGGGAAAAGUGGCUGCUGGAGUGGCAUAGAGAAGGCGAUAGGCACAAAGGAAAGGCGGAGUUGCUUGCGCAUACGAUAAAUCUCACCGCUGGCCGCUCGGUAAGUCCGGAGAUUUUGUCCCAUCCUUCGUACAAGAGAUUGCCUGGCCUCAUUAACAAAGCAUACCACAAGCGAUUAUUCCUACCAAAAACACGUGUUCAGAUGGACAAGAGUUGGAUGUAAAUCUCUGAUAGAUUUGGAUCUACGGAAUAUGCUAAAGGAGUAAAAGAGUUCCUUACCUUGGCCCAAACUUAUGCUACAAGUGAAGAAAUUCGCUGCCCAUGUGUCCGAUGUUCAAAUAAUUACUUCCUACCUAUAAGUCAAGUAGAAAGACACUUGUUCAUUAAAGGUAUUCACAAGAAUUACACGACGUGGAUUUUUCAUGGUGAAGAAGAAGAUUUAAUCAUAAGUGAUGAUGAUGAUAAUGUACAUGAUCCUGAUGAAGAGGAUGACUUCAUUGAUGAUGUUGAUGUUAUGUUACGAGAUAUUCGGGCUGCGGGAUUUCCUGAUGUUCUCAUAAGCGAUUCAUUCCAUGUUGUGGGUUCCACAUCGGUCGAUACCUUUUCAUCUCGGACUUUUGACCAUCUGUUGGCUGAUUCCCAGCGUCCUCUUUAUGAAGGUUGUACAAAGUAUUCUAAACUAUCAUUCACUGUCAAGUUGCUACACAUUAAAAUACUGGGUGGUUGGAGUGUAAAGUCUUUCGACAUGCUUUUACACUUGUUGAAGUUGGCUUUUCCCAAUGCCCUUUUGCCAAACUCAUAUCAAGAAUCACGUAACUUGGAAAAAGGACUGGGCUUUACUUACACCAAAAUACAUGUUUGUCCGAAUGACUGCAUACUUUAUUGGAGGGAAAAUGUGGAUAAAGACGAGUGCCCGAAGUGUAAACUUUCAAGGUGGAAAUUCAGCAACACUAAGAAGAGGCGAAUUCCUCAAAAGGUUUUAAAACAUUUUCCGUUGAAGCCAAGGUUGAAAAGAUUGUUUAUGUCACAAAAAACAUCAGUUGAUAUGCGGUGGCACAGAGAUCAGCGUGUCAUUCAGCAAGAUAUUCUAAGUCAUCCUGCUGACUCUGAGGUGUGGACGACAUUUGAUCAAGAGCAUGCUUAGUUCGCAGAAGAUCCAAGAAAUGUCAGGCUUGGUUUAGCUAGUGAUGGUUUCAACCCAUUUAAUAAUUUGGCUAAACCUUAUAGCGUAUGGCCAGUGAUUCUUGUCCCUUACAACUUACCUCCGUGGUUGUGCAUGAAGGAUCUAUUUUUUUUAUCACUUCACUCUUGAUUCCUGGACUAAGAUCACCAGGAAAUGAAAUUGAUGUUUAUCUUCAGCCUUUGAUAGAUGAAUUGAUUGAUCUAUGGGAUAAUGGUGUCGAUACAUACGAUGCAAAGGCCAAAGAGACUUUCAGAUUGCAUGCAGCAUUGCUAUGGACAAUCAACGACUUUCCUGCUUAUGGAAACCUCUCCGGGUGGAGUACUAAGGGGAAGAUGGCAUGUCCAUCGUGCAAGGAAGAAACAGAUUCGAUGUGGUUGCCAUAUAGCCGAAAGCAUUGUUACAUGGGUCAGCGCUGAUUCUUGCCAUCGGGCCACAUCUGGAGAAAGAAAAAGACUAUUUUUAAUGGCAGUGCAGAGCAUCGUGAUCUACCUACAAUGUAUUCAGGAGAAGAUGUACUCAUUCAACUCCAAAAUAUUCCUGAUACAAAUUUUGGCAAAGCUAUAAAGAAAAGAAAGCGUACCACAGAGGAGUUCAAUUGGACCAAGAAAAGUAUAUUCUUUCAAUUGCCAUAUUGGUCGACUAUAAAGAUUAGACAUAAUCUAAAUGUAAUGCACAUUGAGAAGAACAUAUGUGACAACAUCUUAAGAACUUUGAUGAAUAUCUGUGGCAAAACUAAAGAUCAUCCUAAUGCACGUCGUGACCUUUCCACUCUCAAUAUAAGGGAGGAGUUACACCUUAUUCAGGAUGGACAACGCAUUAGUAUGCCACAAGCAUGUUAUACGUUGUAUGGAGCUGAGCGGACUGAUUUUUGUAAUUGGUUGCACGGUGUGAAAUUCCCGGAUGGCUUCGCUUCAAACAUUGCCAGAUGUGUUAGUGUAAGUGACUGCAAAAUCUCGGGGAUGAAAAGUCAUGAUUGCCAUAUUUUCAUGCAAAGAUUACUUCCUGUUGCAAUUUCUGGAUACUUACGCCAAGAUGUACGGUUGGCACUAACUGAGCUAAGCACUUUCUUCAAAGAAUUGUGUGCUAGAACAUGUAAGAAGGAAGUCUUAGCGCGGCUUCAAUCUGAUAUCGUCGUUAUUCUUUGCAAGCUUGAGAUGAUUUUUCUGCCUACCUUUUUCGACAUAAUGGUGCACUUAGCCUAUCACUUGCCACGUGAGGCCCUACUUGCAGGGCCAGUUCAAUAGGUGGAUGUAUCCUUUUGAGAGAUAUCUCGGAAAAUUCAAGAGAUAUGUUAAGAAUAAGGCCUACCCGGAAGGUUCAAUAGCUGAGGCCUAUAUCCAUGUUGAAUGCUUGAAUUUUUGUUCCAUGUACCUCCAUGAUGUUGAAACUAGAUUCAAUCCUCCUGAACGUAACGUCGACGAAGGAGAAGAGGGUGUACGAGAGGGACUAUCUGUUUUUUCACAGAAGGUGCGACCCAUGGGUUUUGCAUCACGUCACCAAUUAGACGAUGAUGCUUUUAUAAAAGCCAGAUGGUAUGUUCUUAAUAACUGCACAGAGAUUGGAGAAUACCUAAAUGAGCACUACAUGCAAGUGAGUGAAGAGUAUCCCAAUAAUGCCGAUAGUAUGCAUGCUGCAAAAUUUCCAGACUGGUUCAAGUCACAAAUUCAAGCUAGGCGUGCUGAUAAUCCCGAAGAAGUUUUGGAUGAUCUAUAUGCCUUAGCAUGUGGUCCUGACCCUUGGGGUGCGUCCUAUUCUGGUUGCAUAACCAACGGUAUAAGAUUUCACACAAAAAAAGGGGAAGAACAUCGUCGCACCCAAAACUCCGGUGUCAUGGUCAUUAGUGAACAACCAGGAUCUGAAAAACUUGAGUUCUUUGGUAGACUAACAGACAUUUUGGAAUUUCGCUACAUGGGUUGGCGUCAUGUUUGCUUAUUCAAAUGUGAAUGGUUUGACAUCUCUGAUUCCAAACGAGGAAUACGUAUGGAACCACAUCUUACUAGUGUGAAUAUGUCGCAGACAGCUUAUAAGGACGAUCCAUUUGUUUUGGCGUCCCAAGCAUCACAGGUAUUUUACCUAAAAAAUCGCAGCAUCCGUGGGGAAUGGUAUGUAGUCCAAAAGGUCAUACAUAGAAAUGUCUAUGACCUUCCACGAUCAUCCCUUAUUGAAGAUAAUGAAUCUGAUUUUAGUGACGUUGAUGCAUACCAAGAGGAUAAUUCUGGUGAUGCUUACGUGAGUGUCUAUGCUGAUGACAUCCCACUGCAAACAGACAUGCACAGGCCGAAUGUUGAACCGGAGCAGGUUGAUGUUGACACAUUGGUAAUGCAAAGGUCUAAUUGGGACCACUUUGAGCAAGGUUUUAUCAAUGACGAUACCAGCGAAGACAAUUCAGAUCACAGCGCCGAACUAGAGGGUAGCAUAGAAAAAGAUAGUAUCUCAACGGAGGAUGAGAUGAACCAGCGAAUUGUGUGCUGGAGUUAUUACCAGGUUGAUUGCAGCGUGGCAAUAUCUUGUUGUAUUGAUGUUUGAAUGCCCUUGAUACUUCAAGUGAUACUUCAAGAAUAGCAAAUAUUCCAUUGAAUGGAUGUGUUUGCACCCUUUAUGUAUUUCUGUUGAAUAGAAGACUUUUAUCACUUUAGUAUAAUUUUGUGUGUUGUGCUUGACAAUAUAUUAGUUUGUUAUUUUUCAAAGAAUUUGACAAAGUUUAUUGGUAUAUUAAGUUCAAGCAACAAUUGAGGAAUCCCCACACUCCUUUAUGCCCAGAAUUUGGCAAAGUUUAUUGGUAUAAUUGUAUAUACUUAGUGUGAUUGCAGGGAUACUCUAUUGGUUUCCUUCGCCUUGGAUAUGCCGAUCACUGGAAGAGGUAGAGGUCGAUCACGUGGAGUGAGGGGUGGCCGAGGCCGAGGUAGAUCUCAAAGAAAUGAUGAAGUUCAGGAUAUAGUACCCAUUCCUGCCCUUGCUGCCCAAGAUGAUGCAUUCUCAAGCUCAGAUGACUCAACUGAGCCACCUGAUUGCAUCCCGAGCACAGAACCCAAUGACAUACCAAUAGUUGAUUCACAGAGUGCAAACCUGGAUGUACCACUAAGCCAGAAGCGUGGUCGAGGAGCAGCAAAAAGCACAGAGUUUGAGAAGUUACGAAAGCAUGGAAAGAUACCCUUGAGAAUUAAGGAUGGUGAGACUGCACCUUGUUGUGAAAAUGCUACAAUUUUUACUACAAGGGUUACAUGGUUGGUCAAGCACCAUAUGGACUUGAGUCAUGCUAGCUGGCAUGCCGUUCCAGCUAAUGAGAAGGAAGAAUUGGUAACACGCGUUCAGUCCCUAGGCUGACUUCAUCCUCGAUUGGACCAAGAAGAAUCACUGUGAUACGGUUACGAAGACACUUCGGAAGCGGUUUAAUCAUAUUCGCUAUGAUUUACAUAAAACCUACAAGAAAUACGAGAGUAAUGAAUAAGCACUCGCGAAUGUGCCACCGUUAGUGACACCAACCACCUGGGUGAAGUUAUGCGCUCGAUAUGCAAGCAAGGAGUAUAAGCGAAUGUCUGAACGAAAUAAAGGUAAUAGAAAGAAGCAAGAAAACAAUCACACGGCUGGACGAAGGUCCUUUGUCCGCCUAAUGGAGAUGAGGUCUGGGAAUGAGGAGAAUUUAGUCGAUUUUUUUAAAGAAGUGAGGUGGUCAAAGAAAAAGAACAAAUUUGUGACUCCCAUUGCUGAAGAGAAAUAUCUAGAGAUGGCUGCAAAGAUGUCAGAGUUGGAGCCGGAGAAGAGGACUAAUGAGGCUGCAGCAACAAUCUUUAAGGAAGUUUUGGGCCAAAGAUCAGGGUAUGUAAGGGGGCUUAGCGAGAUGGUUAUUUCGGAGUCAUCUAGAGAAGCAGCUGAUGCCCAAAUAGCAGAAUUAACUGAAUGUGCAGAAAGGUUUGAGAAAGCUGCUUCAGAUUAUAAGGGCCAGCUUGAUGACUUACGAGCGAAUGUCAUGAUGCUAAUGGAGAGACAAGUUGAAUACGACAAAUUCAUGUUGAGAUAUGAGUAAGAGCGGCAGACGCAGGGAGAGUCUCAUAGAGAGACUCAGGGACCUGCAUAGUUAAUAUUUGGCCAUGAACCAUUUUUUGUGAAUUUUGAUAAGGAGAUGAAGGUGAAAGUAAUAUACUUUUCACAAAAUGCCUCCUACUUAGUUAAUAUUUUGUUUAGGGUCUACUGGUGUGGGGUAGGUAGUGUAAGGUUAGGUUUUGUGGAUAUUUUGUAGCUUAUGUCAUUGUACGUUUCUCUUGCCACCAACUGCUCACAUGGAAGUUAUUGGUCAUUGGAUGUCAAACUGCUACAACAAGGUAAGUAAUGUCCUACACCCAUAGGCUCUUUUAUGUUCUAAUUUGAAUUCUUAAUGAUUAGCAUUGCAUUUUAUUUGCAUGUUAUGAUUGACUUCGAUUGAAUAGUUUAAAAAAGAAAAUCAUCCCUCUUUGGUGCUACUGCAGUUUUGAUUUCUCCUAAACCAUCUGGAAACCUAUGAAGUAUAUAUGAGGCCUAUUUCGUAUCUCUUCCAUUUUUUUGUAUCACUUUGUAUCUUUCUGUUAAAAUUUCCUUGUUAAAAGCUUAAAGUUUCUGUCGAAUACUAUUAGAGACUGACUAUUUGGUUUUAUCAAUGAAGCGUCGGACGAUGGUUUACAGAUUCGAUGAUGAGAAAGAAAAUUCAAAUGAAGAGGAUCGACAACACCACAGCACGACAGGUGACUUUCUCUAAGAGGAGGAAGUGCAUAUUUAAAAAGGCUCUGGAGCUCUCAACUCUGUGCGAGGCUGAAAUAGCACUCAUUGUCUUCAGGGCUAUCGGAAAGCUCUUUGAUUACGCCAGCCCAAGGAUUGAACCAAGAUAUCAAGAAAUAGAGCAAAAACAUUUCAUAAGCUGUCAAAGAUUGAUGGAAAAGCUAGCUAAACCGAUAUAGAAAAACUUUCACUUGUAAAUUUUUGUUACAUUGUGAUAUGUUGGAUGGUUUUAUGUAAAACUUAAAACAAUGGCAGUGCAGUGGUUAAGCUUCAAAUAUGUACUUUGAGGUUAUAUAAAUGAUGUGUGUUGG